AUGGAUAGGUCAAAUCUGAAUAAUUACCAUAUCACAAUCGUGGCGCCGUCGCCGGAAGACUACGAGACGGCCAGAGCCUUAUUGGACGAACCUGAUCCAGAAUAUUAUCUGACAAGCUCGGGAGCUGCAUGCUCGCUUGGAAAAGUCGGCCCUCACAAUGUUGUCCUGGUAGGGAAAGCGGAGGACAUGGCUGAUGUCUCUGUCUUCGUCAAAGACACUGUCGACGCUUUACUCGAAGUUUUCCCGUUUAUUCGAGCUGGCUUUCUAAUCGGGGUCGAUGGCACAGUACCCGAAGAGAGCCCUGCCAAAGUUGGCGAUAUCGUCGUGGCAUUUCCGCAAGGCUCUCAACCUGGGCAAGUUCAGUUCGACGUCAGUGACACAAUUGCUUCGAAUCACAUCUCAACGACUUUUGAAAUGAGCCAUCCAUCUUCCUAUAUCAAAUCUGUUAUCAACAUCAUCCAAUUUCCGGAGGGUCGCCAGCACUGGGGACAAUAUCUGCAACAUCAAUCACCUCGAGCAGAGGUUGCCUCCACAAAGGAUCUGCAGCCGCCGGAACGAAAUACCGAUAAAGCCAACAAAGUUCUAAGGGGAAAAGUAGCAUCAUCUACUCGUCUCCUCUCUGAUUGUGAUUUAGCCAACAAGAUCGGAUGCGACAACAAGAUCAUGUGCUUCGAACGGGCCGCUGCCACUAUCAAAUCAAGAUUCCCAAUAUUAACUAUCUGUGGCAUAGUUAGCUCUACAGAUUCCUGUUCUCCAAAAUUGGGUGAAUCUGCGUUACGUCAAAUCAAAAUGGCCACAGUCAUUUAUACUAUGUUUGUCUCUCAUCAUAUCAGUACCGCCAAAUUGGAAGACGAGUAUGCCUUUACAGACAGAUAUCAAUACGAGCCGUUUGAUUUGGAGAGUGCUGGAUUUCGAUUGGUACUACUUAAAAAGGGCGUUCGAUCACAAUUGCGGUGCCAACUUUGGCAAGCGUACCUCAAUGACAACGACAUAAUCCCCUAUGAAGCACUGUCUUAUACCUGGGAAAGUCAGAGUACACCACAUGAGAUCAUAGUAGAUGAAAAGAUAUUGCCAAUCACUGAAAGCCUGUACGAAGCUCUCUGUCACUUGAGGAGACCUGACGCGGACCGGAUGCUUUGGAUUGAUGCUCUGUGCAUUGACCAGACCAAUAUCAAGGAGCGCGGUCACCAAGUCAAUCGCAUGGGAGAGAUCUACAAGAAAGCCGACAAAGUGAUCGUCUGGCUUGGAUAUCUGAGUGGCAAUGCCACACAGCUAAAAUCUGCCAUCACCAUGCUCGAAGCGCAAGUUGCGCAACUGCCAGGCGUCGCUCGAGGAUGGCCUCGUGAAGACCCCCGAUGGAAGUCACAGUGGAGACAGAUUGAAGACAACCUCGGACCUUUUUGUCGCGAUAAGUUGGUGGAUGGCCUUGAAAGCUUUAUGGAAAAGCCAUGGUUUUCAAGAGUUUGGAUCUUGCAGGAAGUGGCCAACGCGAAAAAGAUUAUCGUGACAUGUAAUCUGGGGGAAAUACCGGGGUGGAUUUUUGCCCUACUUCCACAUGCUAUGGAGGUCAAGGUUACUGAACAAUUUCAAGCUGUCUUGGAUAUUAUGCCUCAUCCAUUGACACCCUCAGCAUCGCGCAAAGAAACCAGAAACCUCAGCAACUUGCUGUGGAAGUUUAGAGGGUGCAAAGCCACAGAUCCGCGAGACAGAGUAUACGCAUUACUCGGCAUGGCGACCGAUAGGAAAGAAAGCGCCAUUCAACCUGAUUACGCUAAGGAGGAGCAUAUGGUGAUGAAGGACUUGUAUGCUUACAUCCUAGGAGGAGAGUGGCCAGUUUAUGAUUCACCAGCAUCGAAUAUUCAGGAUUUGCAGCAAAAACUCCCAGACAUGUCCAGGCGAAAGCUUCAGCAAAUGCUCCAGAGCACCUUUCGAACAGAUCUGCUGGAGCAUUUUUUGUGCCGCCAAAGCUUGAUAUCAAUGAUGACCGAUGACUAUCUCUUCAACGCUAUGCACCAUGGAAGCAGUGUCAUGCAAGCGCUGUUGGAUAAGAGUACACCUCUGCCUGAUAUCUCUUUAGACCUUGGUUUGGAGUGCCUUCAAAGGUUCCCUGAUGUAUUUGAGGUCCUGCUGCGAAGACCUGACUGUAACUUUGAGAAUAUGCCGAGAUUCGUCGCUCGAGCUAUACAAUGUCGACCUCAGCUUUUCGAGCGGCUCGUUAAAUCGCAUUCCGAUCCAGUACAAUUGAGGCACGAUGCCUUGUUACGGGCCAUACUAAGAUGGCGGCCAGUUGCUCUUCGGUCCGCUAUAUUGGCCAUGAAAGGCACAUUCGAACUAGAAGAAGAUCUCUUUAUCACAUCAAUCAACUACGGUCCACGCACUCUCAAGUGUAUACUCGCAGGCUGUACAAGGCCCUUUAAUGUAACGAAAAAGGUGUAUGGACAAGCUGUUGAAGCGGGUGUUGAAAUACUGUCCUACCUCUUCCCGGAGUCAUCUUACAAAUUAACAGUUACAGAAUCCUCUGCUGCUUCCUCUAUUAUAAGAAUUUGCGAACAUGGGAUAGAUUCACAUAGUUCGGGGUUCUUUAACUCUCUUCAUGGCUCCACAGAGUACAAGCUGCAGAUCACAGACGAGUUGAUGUCGCUGGCUAAGCAGGACAAACUCGGUAUAAUUCUACCUAUGAUAUCUAGAAUACGAAAAAGGGAGAAAGACGUCAGUGAUGAGGUUGCGAUAAGCGCAAUCCAAUGUGGCCCUGAGGCCUUCAUGGCACUUCUUAACAAAAGAGGAACGAACUUUAGAGUCACAAAGCGGAUUCGCGAAGUGGCUAUCAAGCAUUCAUAUGCAUUUGAGGCACUGGGGCUAAGACGCCACAGCGAGGUUUUCACUGAAUCUCUUAACCUGGAUCAAUGUGUUCUACCUGGGAUGCAGCCCCCUCGGCCGGCACACAUGGACGAGGUACAAGCCCCAGAGUCAACAAACAGGGUCGCGAAGUGGCUAGCGAGCAUUUCUAAGCGCAUGAGGUACUAA